CGGACUUUCGCUUUCUCAACUUUUUCAAGGAACAGAAAACACUAGAGAGAUACAAACGGCAACAUAGUCGGCUUUGUUCAAUAGUUAGGCUGAUACAGCAUAAAAUACGGACAAUUGAGAAUGGCCGGAGAACCUGCUGAGGUGACUGAACUUAGAGGUGAAGAGGACAUAGGGAAGCUGGAUGACGAGACUGACGCCAAGCCUGACCGCAAGGGAAGAUUUCUACUGUUUGGAGGUAAGAAGAAUAAGGAUGGCCAGACGCGGGAGCAGGACUACUCUUCUGAAAGCCAUUACAGAAUUGUUUCACCAACAUUCCAGUAUAAGAUGAGCCACCAGAGAGUGGGCAAGUGUAUCAUCAUCAACAACAAAAACUUUGAUGAAAAGACAGGGAUGAAUGUUCGAAACGGCACAGACCGAGACGCAGGUGAGCUGUUUAAAUGCUUCAAGAGCCUGGGCUUCGACGUCUUCGUCUACAACGAUCAGACAUGUGAGAAGAUGGAGCGUCUCCUCAGAGAAGCCUCGGAGGAAGACCAUAGUGACAGCUCGUGUUUCGCCUGUAUCCUGCUAAGCCACGGUGAGGAGGGCAUGAUCUACGGGACAGAUGGCGCCAUGCCCAUCAAGACCAUGACCUCAUUGUUCAGGGGAGACAUGUGCAAAAGCUUAGUGGGAAAGCCAAAACUCUUCUUCAUCCAGGCUUGUCGGGGUUCUGAGUUUGAUGAUGGUAUACAGACAGAUUCAGGUCCUCCAAAUGAUACCCUGGAGACAGAUGCUAAUCCAAGACAUAAGAUCCCAGUGGAGGCAGAUUUCCUGUUCGCCUACUCCACGGUGCCAGGGUACUACUCAUGGAGAAACCCUGGGCGAGGCUCCUGGUUUGUCCAAGCCCUCUGCAAUGUCCUCAGUGAGUUUGGCAAGCAGUUGGAGAUCAUGCAGAUCCUCACACGGGUCAACUACAUGGUGGCCACGAGUUUUGAGUCCUGGUCUGAAGACCCGCGCUUCAGUGAGAAGAAGCAGAUCCCAUGUGUGGUCUCCAUGCUGACUAAAGAACUCUAUUUCAACUAACCGCCGGCCUCAAGCACUGUACUGUACGACCCCAAAGACUGGCCGACUGACUGACUUUACUGACUGUUUCAGGUACCGACUAAGUGGUCAAAGCAUUCAGGGAUGAUUCAGGCCCAGCAUCACAUUAAGAGCACAUACUAUGAUACUUUACAAGUGUGGCUGGGUCUGAAAACAAGCACUCUGUGAGAAAAAGAUAUUUACAGUGGCACUCCUCGUUCAUGUGUUGAUGGUGAAACUUCUUCCUCUUCUUCAGGUUAUUCUUCAGAAUAAUGACGUCACAUUUGAGCUAAUCUUUCUUUGACAGGCACUGUGAAUUAUCCAUGUUAUUCUACCAGCCCGUAAAAUUUGCUGCCAGUUUUUUUGGGUUUGGGGAAUCAUAUCUGAAUAUGUCUGUUCAUUUUCCAGCACUAAGAAUAGACUUUUAACGGAACCAUAGUCUAGUCUCUUCUCUUUAAUUGAACUGAGAGCUCUCUGAAACUACGGAAGCCCUGAGGGGCUAGAGAGAAAUAAAUCUGGAAAUCUAAAUUCCGCGUCUCAUCUUAGUUGUUUUUUCUUUUCACAUAUUUAUGUUUGGAAAGUGGGGUAGUGCUCAGCUCCUUUAGCUAAAAUUAGUACAAAAGAGUUAUUAAAGAGAAGUGCACCUUCAAUAGUUUCAAAAAUAAUAAUGAUAAAAAUAUCUCAUUCGGAAAAAUCCCUGUAUUAAGAACCAGAUUUGCAGAUUUUUUUUUCACACUUGCUGUCAGGGCUUCCGUAGAACACAUCUAAUACAGUCUACGAGAAAACAAAAAAUAGAAACUUUUUUAAAUUUAUACCAUUCUUUACUUCUGCAGCAGUCUGGUAACUUAAUGUAGGUCUAGUGGCAUUCCUCAAUAAAGGGAUCUGAAGAAUAGAUAGACAGGCAUUUUGGCUAGUUAACCGAUAAACUUGCAAGAGCAGUGUUACUCAACCCUGUUUAACCAAAAAGCCACAAACAAUAAAUAAAUAAAUAAAUAAUAAUAAUGAAAUCCCUUUGAAAGGGCCACAAUCCAAACCUGGGGGAGGGGGAUGACACACACACUGAGCCACUUGUUGAGUAUCACUGCUCUUAAGUAUGGGGUGCAGGGAUUCAUUGAUCUGUUUAAAAAUUACAUUAAUGGAGACCCAUUUAAUAGACAUGGAGGUUUCCAAAAUAAUUUAAAAAUCAUUUUAAAAAACUGCAUAUCAUUACCAAUCAACAGACAGGUGCCCAGCUCUGCCACUAACUAAACUAUAACAAAAAAAAAAAAUGGAAAAUGGAUCAGAUCAUCUUCAGCUAUCUGUGUUUUAAUGUUUUCAGUCAUCAGGUGUCAAAAACAAGAGAUUAAAAAGACCACUUUCUCCUCUGAGCAGAAGCAAGUGAAGAUGCUUUUGCAAAACGCUGUGUAUCCGCCUUCCUAGCAGAGUUUAAGUUGGUAGCAAUUUUCAAGCAUCCUCAGGUUCUUUAAUGUCCCAGGGAGUGGGUAAAUGUAAUGUUAAAGAAUGUCAUAUACAUAUGGCUGGGAAGGGUGUAAUCUUUUGCUGUGUAUACAUAGUUUUAUGGGUUUUUGGGUCUAGUGCAUAUUAUAUAGCUCAUUUCCAUUAAAAAUUAUUAUUUCCAAUUUUCUAGUUUUCUCAGCGUGAUGUUGAAAACUUAACUUUCUUUUUGUGCAGCCCUGAGUAAAUGAUGUUCAUGUAUUUUUUACAUGGCUCAAAUAACACACUUGUCUUUUUAGUCAGGGUCCAACAAAUCAGUUUAUGAAUAUCCUUCUCUUAAUUUUUAAAGUUAGACAUUCCUCCGUAGUAUCUUUGAUAACUGAUGUGGUAUAUGCUGUAGAAUAGACAGAAAUUUCCAAAACUGUCAAAAUUUCUGUUAGCAUUACACUGUCAAUCUAGACCGGGGCCCAUAGCACCAAUGCCACACCAUUUCACUGUAUAUUAGUGUUGUACACUGUCAUUAAACACUACACUGUUUUUUAAGAGUUAUCAGAAAGUUCAUCCCUAACUUAUUUUUGAUUUAAUUUUUGAUUUAGAUAGGGUUUUAAAACACUAAAUCACUUAGAAAAAUAUAAGUUUCACUUGAUAUUCUUAAGCACACAGUGCACUUUGCUCAGUUUAUUUAUUUUUUAAUUGAAUAAUUAAGUCAAUUAAAUGCUGUGAGAGAGAAACAUCUAAACGUAUUUUUUUAAUAUAGUAGAAAUAUACGGAAGCCCAAAGUGGUCUUAAAUCCAUACAUCCAUUUUUUUUUUCUCUAAAAUUAAAAUGUAAGGAUGAAUGACCUUGUAUGGAUACUGUUAACAUUUGCAUAACUUACAAGAAGUUUGUUUCUGCAUGUGAUUUUUUUUUUCUUUUUAAUUUGUCCCAAAGUCUGUCAAACACAGAGGCAGCUAUUACUGGUGGUAACAAGUCUAAACACCCACAACCCACAUUCACAGUCACUGUUGCUGCAAUGUUUUUACAUUUUAACAAUACUGCAUGUUUCAUAAAGUUGGGGAAAAAGUUGAACAAUAGUUUUAGCUUGUCACUUUUAUUUUUCACUCAUUGUAUUUUGUUACCCUUUUUUAAAAUUUUGUGAACACUUUCAAAUAUUUGUAUUUGCCAGGAAAGUCAUCGGCACUGGCCUAAGUUAGAGACAUGUACCAUUCAACACCAGAUACGCUUGACCAAUACAGCAACAAGUUUGAAAUCCUCUCGACACAUGGAUCUCUGAUCAGUGAUGUGGUGCCCAACCUGUGCUGAAAGGAGUGUUUGCUCCACUUGUUUGGGAAUGGAAUUGAAGGAGGGAAAAAUGUAUUUUCAAGGGUAAAUUUAAAUGCUUUCCAGUGUUAAAUGCUGUUGUCCUCAGGAAUAUAUUUGAAAAGAUUUGGAAAAAAGGAAUGGAUGAAUUUCAUUGAAAGUAUAAUCUGGCCCAUUGUUUUUUUUUAAUUUGGGGCGAUACAUUAUUUAAAAAAUCAAAACAGAGGAAUGCUUAGGUAAACAUUUUAUUGUAUGAAACAAAGAAUUUAUUGUGUAACAAAUUGUGUCAUUUUUCUUUAACAUGUGGAAACAGACCACAUUUUAAGGUUGUUUUUCUGAAUUAUAAAAA